UAAAAUAUCAAUAGAAAGUCCAUUGUUUCUUUUCCUUUUAAAGAAAACUCCCAUUCUUUAUAAGCAAAUAUCCUUCUUAAUUGUUCCAUUUCACCGAUCAGUUAUUCAAAAAUUACGCCAUCACGUUUUCUGGUUUUUGGUUUCUUUGUUUGUACAACUGUGUUAGUGGACUAAGUGGUUCAAACACUCGCUUCACUUCUCCUCUCCACGUUUCCCAGUAUUCAGUUUCAGGGUUUGACACUUCUCUCUUUUGGGUUCUUCUCUCUUAUCUCUCUCAACUAUAAAGGUCCAACCUUUGAGCCAUUCUCCAACAACUAUAAUGCUGACCAUUUGCCAGCUUUGUGGUGACAAAGGGUACUCCGCGGCUUUGAUUUACUGUGAAAAGUGUGAAGAAUAUGCUAGACAUGGCUAUUGCAUGGAUGUAUUACCAGAAGUUAAUGACGAGAAUGUAACUUGGUUCUGCGAGGAUUGCAAACCAGAUCUAGCAAAGCAGCCUAUUCUUGAUAAAUUGAGAUGUCCACCAUCACCAUCCAGUGUCUUAAAAGAAUCAGACACUGUUAGAACUAAUCGUCCUUGUGGUCCAAUAAAGAAGAAUCAAAAGGUCCCCUCCAAUUUGGUAUCUAAGAACAAGGCGCAGAAGCCUUCUUAUAAUGAACUGCAAUGCAGAAAGAACAACAAUGAGGUUAGCUCUGACUUGGUAUCGAAGAACAAGUUGCAAAAGCCUUCUUAUAAUGAACUACAAUGCAAAGAGAACGACAAUGAGGAUCAGAAGUUCAGAAAACGACAGAAGUUGGUUCGUGAAGAUGACACUACUAAGCAUCUGAACACUUCCAAGGUUGCUGUCAGUGUUUUGAAGCCUUUGAAAAUUGUGGAAGGAAGUGUUAAUAGUGGUCAUGCAGAAAAAUCGCAGGUGCACAUGAAUGAUUCUUUGCCUAUUAAUAAUGUGCUACAGAGCAGGAAGAAGCAGUGCAGGGAUCCAAAGCUUAAAAAUCAACAAGAGUCUAAACGUUUGAAAUUUUCUGCUAAUCACAAGUCCUCAGAUUUCUUAAAAGAUACCGUUACUUCGGUUUCUUUAGCGAAAGCUGGGUUGCAAAAGAAUCCUGAUAAGGAUCCAAGGCUUAGAAAAAAAGGGAGAUUGGUUAUUAAAAAGAAGGUGAAGCCUUCAGAAUUUUCUGACUCUCUUCUCAAGUCUUCAAAUGUUUUACAAGAAAAGCCUGUUGGUGGUUCUGUAGCGAGAACAGAGGUGCUAAUACGUGACAGUACUAUUAGUCCUUCUAGUAAUGAGCCAGAGAACAGCGAGACUUGUGAUCCGAAAUUUAAAACAAAGCAGGAAUUGGUUAUUGAAAAGAAGGUGAAACCUGCAGAAAUUUCUGACGCUGGUCUCAAGUCUUCAACUGUAUUACAAGAAAAGGUUGUUGGUGGUUCUGUAGCUACAAAAGAGGUGGUAAUACAUGACAAUACUAUUAGUCCUUCUAGUAAUGAGCCAGGGAACAACGAGACUUGUGAUACAAAGGUUAAAACACAGCAGGAAUUGGUUAUUGAAAAGGUGGGAUCUGUAGAAAUUUCCAACGCUGGUCUGAUGUCUUCAAUUGUAUUACAAGAAAAGGUUGUUGGUGGUUCUGUAGCUACAACAGAGGUGCCAAUACGUGACGUUACUAUUAGUCCUUCUGGUGAUGAGCCGAAGAACAAGGAGAAGUGCAAUCCGAAGUUUGAAACAAAACAGAGAUCACUUGUUGAGAGUGUAGAGGCUGCUGAACCUUUGAAAACUAUUGAAGUAACUCCUACUGACCCAAAUCCUUCAAAUAUGUUAGAAUACAAUUGCUAUGUAGAACCACAACCUCUACUCGAACCAAUGUGGAGGGGAAGUUUUGUUAUCCAUAACAUAGAGUCAAAAUGUAUAGGCAGAGUUUUAGUUGCAGCUCAUUGGUCCAACUUGGCAUCUUCUAAAGCGUGUGAGAUGAGAAAUUUAUUACCAGAGUUAGUUUCUGUAGAAUUAUCUACCCGAUCUCAUUGUUGGCCCAUAAAGUUUCAGCAUUGGGGGCCAUCUAUUCACAGUGUUGGUCUCUUUUGUUUGCCACAAGACAGAGAUGACAAAACUUAUGACAUUCUAGUUAAUGACAUGAUCAAUGGAGACUUCGCUAUGAGAGCUUUGUUGGAAAACGUAGAACUCUUGGUCUUCACAUCUUAUGUUUUGCCUUUUCACUAUAAGAUGUUUCAUUCAAGAUAUUAUUUGUGGGGGAUCUUCCGGGAUAGGCAAGCUUCAGGUGUAAGAACUGGUGCAACUAGAGGAAUGAAAGGCUACCCCGAAUUCUCAACCAGUCCAGUCAUGUCUUUCAGCCAUAGUGGUAAUACAUUGAUUAUGAACCCAUCAAUUCCUCGAGAUGAAAUUAACCUAUUUCACGAUGACGAUGACGGUACAAAGACAAUAGACACACCAUCACAACUAACGCAGAAUAAAUUCAAUGAUUUCAUCAAAGAAAGAAGUGACAGUCUCGGGAUGAAAAUUGAGUAUAAUCACUAUGGCCGUCAAGAAAUUGAAAAAGGAGCGGGAACGGAGAUAGAGAGUUUCAUUGAUGUGUCGACACGUAGACAUGUGCCUUUAAACUACAACAAAUGGAAGGAUGUUCCAUAUAAACACAAAUACAUUGUUUGGAAGGAAAUCCAGUCAUUAUUAGACGUAAACUUAACCACGAAGAAGAAAGUCUUGAAGGAAGCCGGGGAGCAAUGGAGGAAUUGGAAGACCAACCUCACUAGAGAUUUGAUCGAUAAGUACAAAGACGUUGCUUCUGAACUUCUUACCUAUCCACCCGAGUCAUACGCAAAGUGGAUAAACCUUGAAGAUUGGCAAGGGUUUGUUGCCAAGAGAUUAACCGCCGCAUGGGAGACGACAACUAUGAGGAAACAACAACAAGAACGACAAGCGAUGAAUAUGGUAAAAGGAGAGUUACUUGAUGAUCAUCAAGAGAGAAUUCCUAAGAUAUCAACGUUCACCAAAUCAGCUAGCAUUCAAGAACUGAAGGAGAGGCUUCAACAACAGGAACAAAAGUUAAAUGAUUUGGCCAAGUUACUUAAAUAAAGCGAGUUGGUAUUAUAUAUUGUGCUUUAGGUAAUAUAUUUAUUUAUAUAUAUAUAUUAUUUUUUUUUUUCUAACAAAGGAUUCUUGUUUUAACAUAACUUUUAGUUAGUUACUGAGAUUAAUAAAUUUAAGAAAAUUAGCAGCAAAGCUAUUUUUUUAAAGUAAAUAUAAAAUUUUUAUUAAU